UCUCGUCGUUCUGUCAAGCUGCUACGAGGCACUUGGUACUAUGCAGUCUAUGUUGACAAAAAAUGCAGAUUUAUGCUUCCAGUUCUGCCGAACUAAGAAAAGAGAAUCCAUCCGCCAACAAUAUGUCAUUAAGUCAUGUCACCCAGAAAAAAGCCAAGGCACCUCAAAUACCGAAACCGACAUAUGACUUUUCUUUCCUUCAUCUCUCAAUGUUUCCACCAUCUCUCUUUUCUUCCGCAAAUUCACUCAUUAACAUUAUCUAUGCCUACUACACCUAUGCCUCCAUCUCUCUUUUCUUUCCGUCAAAUUCACUCCUUAAAAUCUUCUAUGCCUGUACCACACCUAUGCCUUUCAUUCAAAUUCACUCCUUAUCAUCUUCUAUGCCUGUACCACACCUAUGCCUCUAUCUCUCUUCUUUUCCUUAAAAGUCACUCAACAUUUAUUAUGCCUGUAUCAUACACCCUAUGCCUCCAUCUCUCUUUUCUUCCUCGAAAUUCACACCUUAACAUUUUCUAUGCCUUUAUCAUACACCUAUGCCUCCAUCUCUCUUGUCUUCCUCCAAAUUCAUUCGUUAACAUCUUCUAUGCUUGUACCAUACACUCAAUAUGAUUAAAAAAACAAAUAAUUCCGUAUGUCAUUAUUGGCAAGCAACCAACGAAAACAA